UCUAACGAGUGUCGGACUGGAAGAGGAGAAAAAACGAGAAUGUGGAAGAAAGUGCUUGCAGAAAGCACAGUGCGCCAGCCAUGGCGCAUGAUAGCAUGUCGGCGCUCAAUCUCCAGUACUUCCUCCUCCGCCGUCGAUUCAAUAUUGCUCCGGUCACUCAAAGAGCAUUAUCUCGAAGUCUCCAAAAUGACUCCUCCCCCUAAAGUGAGCCCUCCUUCACCAUUUACAAUAAUGAAAGGUGCACUUGAUUCCAGUGGUCCUGUCCUGAAGCGCACCUAUGGGAAUGAGGAAAUUAGUAUAUCAGUAAUGAGAUUGGCCAACAUUAUUCCUGAUGGUGGCGAUGAUGAUGGUGACGAUGGUAUUAAUCAGUUGUUCCUUCAUGUGGAUGUGUCGAAGCCCGACCAGAAUGUUUCUGUGCAUUUCCUAUGUGGGUUGUAUCCGGAUGCAUUGGGUAUUCAUUCAGUCUCAAUGCGCUCAAAGCUUGAGAUGUCAGAGUCCCUUACUAUUUCUAAAUACAACGGCCCUGUUUUUGAGGAUCUUGAUGAAAGAAUGAGAGAUACACUUCAUGGUUAUAUAGAAGAGCGAGGUGUGAAUGAGAGUCUCUUUCCCUUUCUUCAAGCAUGGCUAUAUGUGAAGGAUCAUCGGAAUCUUUUGCGUUGGUUUAAAACAGUAGGCUCAUUCAUUAAUGAAGAUAAGUUGCCGAAAACAGCUUAAUGUUUUACAAGCUGGUUUUGCAAGCGCGCUUAUUUUUGAACUAAAUGCUGGUUUUUGUACUUGUACUUACAAUACUACUAGCUUGUAACUAAAAUGAGUUUGCUUCUUUGGUAUUUUCUCAGGUUGUAGCUACAUCCUGACACUUUUGCUAUGUUUUAAGUUAAAUAUGACGUUUUAAAGUUACUGAUGUAAGAUGUAUCUCAUCUUUUACAUUGCAUUUUCUUCUUUACACGUUUA